GCUAUCUUUGAUAUGUCCACGGAACUCUCUCACCCAACUACUAGCCAAGUGCCCAAGUCCAUGGUCCAAAAGAGCGGAGAGCCAGAGACUUCCUCUUUGGUCGGCUCUGUCUCUCGUUCCCCUUGUUCGCUCUAAAUUACGCCCAAUUCCACAGUUCUUGGAAUAAUGGGUCCAAUGUCCAUCUUGGGACAUGGGGCAUCCAUAAAACCUCCAAAGUUCACACCCGGACCCUUCCGUUAUAGACGCGAUUCGAAGCUACAUUCCAGCUCUCCCAGAGUAGGAUUUCCGAUUUUACAGGAAACCCACACCAGCAUUGCUGUAACUCUUCCUUUCAGGCAGUCUACUCUCAGUUCUAGUUCAGGCACUGAUAUGCCUGGAAUAAUUCCAUGUCAUACAAGCAGGAUUAGAAGUCUCCCCCUGGAUGAUGCUGGAAAUUUUGAAGCUUACAAAGAUCAUGAUGGUGAAAAUGGGGCUACUAAUGAGAUACUUGAGAAUCAGAGAAAUGAAUCUACCGAUAGGGAUCAUUUAUUUCUGCUGAUAUUAGUUGCUGCUCUUGCCGUGGCUGCGAUUCUUACCAUUGUAUCAGCUGGUCUAAGAGAGCCCAGCGUUGGCUCCUUUUUUGGUGUUCAGUGUUUGUCUGAAAGUUCAAAAACUACACUAACUGAUGUACCUGUGGGUUAUAGUUUCAAGGCUUUUGGAUAUCGAAUUAUACUUCCGGAAUAUGCACCAGGGUGGCUUUACUUUUGGUUGCUCAUGGCAGCUGGUUUUGGACUUUUCAUCAGUGAAGAAGCUUUAAACAUUUGGGUCGGCAUAUCUUUGUCACGGAUGCUGUCUUUGGAUGGGACAUGGCAGUCUUUUGCUGCAUCCUUCUCCAAGAAUGCUGCAUACAUAACGUCUACAGUUUUAUGGGUAUACUGGGGAGUAUGUAUCAGUGAUAUGGUACCUUUCUACCUAGGAAAGCUUUUUAAUAACACCGGAGCGUCAAAUGAUAUCCGUGCAAAGAUAGGCAUUAGUGAAGAGAAGUUCCUGAGCAUCACGGGCAUUGUACAGAAGUAUGGAAACCUUGCAGGCUUUGUGGAACGAUUUUCCCUGGGAGUGAGAAAUCCAACAGCCUUCCUAGCUGGUUCACUGGGUGUAUCGCCCGAAUGCUUCUUCGCUGGAGUUUGCUGUGGUGGUGUAGUCACACUUUCAGUGCAGCUGGGGAUUGGAUUCCUAUUGAGGGAGCGUCCCAUGUUUGCCCUGGCCACGGUAGCUACUGUAGUGGGUAUCUGGACCGUGUUCCCUUAUGCCAUGGCUGCUUCAACUGCUUUGUUCCUCUAUUUACGACGUCGACAUACCACAUAGGUCUCCUUCAGUCUAGUCCCACAACUCAGGAAGGAUGUUCAUAUAGAAUUUGCUGGAUGGUUUUCCAAUGCUUGCUGAUAACCAUCGAGAACAUUUUGCACAUUCAUCAGGAGAAAGGUAAUGUACCAUUUGCAGUAAAGAACCAUAGUGUAUGAAGUAGCUCAUACUUUGUAAUGUAUCAUUCAUAUUGUAAGCCGAAACUGCCCCAUAUCCUUGUAAACUUAAAAAGCCACUAACUUUUUCAUGGCAAUGAUGAUGUUGAUUCUUGGUCCAACUACGAAAUAAAAUGAUGCACCUCCUUCCUGUAGGGGGUUAUAGUACUGGCAGUCUGAACAGCUUUAUCAUUUAGAUGUGUGGACCACUUCAAACUUCAAAGUAAUGAUGGAAGAAUCCAAUGC